GGCCGCGCUGCCGGAGAGCGGGCACCGGAGCGGGGCCGAGCGGAGCCGGACAGGGGCUGGACGCGUGUGCCCGCGGGUCAUGGACGGGCGGGCGGUGCUGAUCCACGCGCUGCUGGCGGCAGUGUGCUCGGCGGCGGCGGGCGGGCUUCGCCGGGACGAGCUGCACAACGAGGUGCUGCACAAGGGCGGCGGCGGAGGGGGAGCGCCGGUCCCGGCCACGGCCCCGCUGCUCGGCGGCAGCUCGGAGAAGGAGGGCGGCGGAGCGGCCUCGGGGGACGACUUCAGCGAGCUGCCGAGAGUUGCCUUCCUGUCAAAGCCUCAAGGUCUGGUUACUCCCAAGAAGAAAGGGAACGGCAAUAAAAGAAGAAAAGGCAAAGGCCUGGGGAAGAAGAGAGACCCGUGCCUGCGGAAGUACAAGGAUUUCUGUAUUCACGGCGAGUGCAAGUACAUCCGAGAGCUGGGAGCUCCCUCCUGCAUAUGCCAGCCAGGGUAUCACGGAGAGCGCUGCCACGGCCUCUUGCUGCCGGUGGAGCACCCGCCCAGCGCGUACGACCACACCACGGCUCUGGCUGUGGUUGCUGUUGUCCUGUCCUCCCUGUGUCUCGUCAUCAUCGCAGCCCUGCUGAUGCUCAGGUGUCACAAGAGGGGUGGCUACGAUGUAGAAAACGAAGAGAAAAUCAAGCUGGGCAUCACUGUGAAUCACUGAGGAUGCCGGGUGCUGGCGAGGGGUCGGCACUAAUAACGCACUUCUACCUCCUGGAAGAGGUGAGACCAGCGGGGCUGCGGCACGUCGGGGGCUCGCUGGAGCACCAGGACGGCACCCGCGGCGGGGCCGCUCGGGCAGCGGCGGCACUGCAGGAGCUUCGUGGCCACCUCCGGGGACGGGGCUGGCUCGGGGAUGGGAGGUACCGGCUGCCCGGCGGCUCUCCGUCCACUGCAGUGCCGAGGAACAAACUGUGAAAGGGGGGAGACACCGGGCUCGGGGGGUCCUUGGCCGCGGGGGGGGGGGGGGGGGGGGAGGGUAACAGCUAUUUAACAAGAUAUUUUUCAUUUUAAAUUAUAUAUUUAUUUUAGAUAAACUGUACAUAGUAUUUAUAUUUAUUGUAGGUCUGGCCCUGCGUCCUUCGUGUAGGGUCAAGAUGACAGGGGUCAGACCUCCCUUAUUUUUUAAGUGCAAUGUAAUAUUCUAAUAAAUAACACUUUGUAACAAA